AAUGGACGGUGGUAUGCUGCAGGAAUCCCUCUGAAACCGAUGCUCGCCCACCCAACGAAAGGCAUUGGGGAAGUGAUGAAGAGGUUCGAUGAAGCAGCAUUUACCUGCGAGUACAAAUACGAUGGGGAGAGAGCACAGAUCCACAUCCUGGACACGGGAGACAUUCACAUCUACAGCCGCAAUCAAGAAAACAAUACCUCCAAGUACCCUGACAUCAUCGACAGGCUUCCCAAGGUAAGGCUCCCUCACGUCCGCUCGUGUGUGCUGGACUCUGAGACUGUGGCCUGGGAUCCGGUGAACAGGCAGAUCCUCCCGUUCCAAGUGCUGACCACCCGCAAGCGCAAGGUCAGUGGGCGUCGUAGACAAACUCUGGCAGGCAGUGGUGGGGGAGGGUGGUCUCCGUACCCAGGAUCCGACUGUUGGCCAAGGGUGAUCGUAGGACCCUGAAAAUCCCCCGUCUGG